CUCUCCUUGCAGAGGCGGCAGCUCCAGAGCAGAGAACGAACUGCGGCGGUCGGCGUCAUGGCAGGGCAGGCGUUUAGAAAGUUUCUUCCCCUCUUUGACCGAGUUUUAGUUGAAAGGAGCGCAGCUGAAACUGUAACCAAAGGAGGUAUUAUGCUUCCUGAAAAAUCUCAAGGAAAAGUGUUGCAAGCAACAGUAGUAGCUGUUGGAUCGGGCUCUAAAGGAAAGGGUGGAGAGAUUCAACCAGUUAGUGUGAAAGUUGGAGAUAAAGUUCUUCUCCCAGAAUAUGGAGGCACCAAAGUAGUUCUAGAUGACAAGGAUUAUUUCUUAUUUAGAGAUGGUGACAUUCUCAGAAAGUAUGUGGACUGA